CUGACUUUUUUGGGCACCCUGCCUGCAGUGGCUGCGCGGAUUCAGAAAGAGAUGCCUGGUCCUUUUAUGUAAACGGGGGAUGAACUCAUGUCUUCCAUCGUUUUCAUGGGAAAAAUAUAUGCAUUACAAACACACGAGCAAAUACAAUUCAGGCAAAGAAAGUGAAGUCACAUCGGAGAACAUUUUACCUGUUUGAUUGCGCAUAUAGAGUGCCUGUGAGCUGCAAGAAAAGCGGAGCAGCAGAGCGGAGAUUUGCUAACCUCUUCAGAUUGGAGACGAUUACUUUCUAGAAGGGCGAUGAGGAAAAUAAGGAGAACGACUUGGACGCGUGUGGAAAUGGUGCUUGUGUUCGCCUUGGCAUUUUGGUGGGACGUGCACGCAGAAGAUGCCAGCUUAUCUGAAGCAGGGGAGACAUUAGGACUAGCAGAUGCUCAAGACCGAGGGCAGCCAACACCUAAAGGUUUUUUUCUAUAUUUCUUGGAGCCUGUGAAUAACAACACCCUACUUCAAGGGCAGACUGCCACUUUGCAUUGCAAGGUGGCUGGAAACCCAACGCCCAGCAUUAGGUGGCUGAAGAACGAUGCACCAGUUGUUUUGGAACAGGGACGGAUAUCCAUAAGAAAGACAGAAAUGGGUUCCAGACUGCGGAUCCAAGAUUUGGACACCACAGACACAGGCUACUACCAGUGUGUGGCUUCCAAUAGCGUGAGGACCAUAUCAGCCACUGGGGUGCUCUUUGUCCGUCUUGGACAGUCACCAACUCCUGGCUCGAACUACAAUGACCAGGAUGAGUCUCGUGAAGAAGGAUUUUGCCAGCCCUACCGGGGGAUUGCAUGUGCUCGAUUCAUUGGAAACAGGACCAUAUACGUGGACUCUCUCCAGAUGCAAGGGGAAAUUGAAAACCGAAUUACUGCGGCAUUUACAAUGAUUGGUACUUCAACUCACCUGUCCGACCAGUGCUCCCAGUUUGCCAUCCCCUCUUUCUGCCAUUACGUGUUCCCCCUGUGUGAUGAGCGUUCCCGAAUACCGAAGCAGCGGGAGCUUUGCAGGGAUGAAUGUGAGGUCCUGGAGAAUGACUUGUGUCGGACUGAGUACAUGAUUGCCCGGUCUAACCCACUCAUUCUGAUGCAACUCCAGCUGCCAAACUGUGAUGACCUCGCACUCCCAGAUACUUUGGAGGCAGAAAACUGCAUGAGGAUUGGCAUUCCCGUUGAGAAGCUGAGAAGAUAUCACAAAUGCUACAAUGCCAGUGGAGCGGAUUACCGAGGCACAGUCAGCUUCACUAAAUCCGGCUACAAGUGCCAGCGCUGGAGUGCACAGUUUCCCCACAGCCAUCACUUCACCAACCUGGAGUUCCCAGAGCUCGGUGGAGGGCACAACUAUUGUCGCAACCCUGGUGGACAGAUGGAGGCGCCCUGGUGCUUCACACAAAAUGAAAAUGUGCGAGUGGAGCUUUGUGACAUUCCUGCCUGCAAUCCUCGUGAAAACAGUAAAAUGGAGAUUCUUUACAUCCUAACUCCAAGCAUUGCAAUUCCUCUAGUGACUGCUUGCCUGCUGUUCCUUUUUUGUAUGUGUCGCAAUAAGCGGAAAGCUUGCACACCUCCAAGACGUCAACUUGUGGCCUCCCCCAGCCAAGAUAUGGAAUUACCUCUCAUCAACCAACAUAAACACCAGGCAAAACUGAAAGAGCUCAACCCUAGUGCUUUGCAUUUUUUGGAGGAGCUUGGAGAAGACCGCUUUGGAAAAGUAUACAAAGGACAUAUGUAUGGCACUGCCCCUGGGGAGCAAGCUCAUGUUGUUGCCAUCAAGACAAUCAAAGACAAAGCUGACAUGACACUACGGGAAGAAUUCAAGCAUGAAGCUCUCAUGAGGUCUCGUCUGCAACAUCCUUUUGUCGUCUGCCUGCUGGGACUGGUCACCAAGGACCAGCCCAUGAGUAUGGUCUUUAGUUACUCAUCUCACGGUGACCUGCAUGAAUUCUUGGUCAUGAGGUCUCCUCACUCUGAUGUUGGUAGCACCGAUGAUGACAAAACAGUCAGGUCUACACUGGAGCCAUCAGACUUUCUUCACAUCAUCACCCAGAUUGCUGCAGGCAUGGAAUACUUGUCCAGUCACCAUGUUGUUCAUAAAGAUCUGGCAACCAGAAACAUUUUAGUCUAUGAUAAACUGAACGUGAAGAUCUUGGAACUAGGCAUGUUCCGGGAUGUUUACUCAGCAGAUUACUACAAAUUAAUGGGGAAUAACCCUUUUCCAAUUCGCUGGAUGUCUCCAGAGGCAAUAUUGUAUGGCAAAUUCUCUGUGGAUUCAGAUAUUUGGUCUUUUGGAGUUGUCUUGUGGGAGAUCUUUAGCUAUGGCUUGCAGCCCUAUUGUGGUUACUCCAAUCAAGAUGUCAUUGAGAUGGUCAGGAACCGACAGGUGCUGGCAUGCCCUGAUGACUGCCCUGCCUGGAUUUAUACCCUGAUGUUGGAGUGCUGGAAUGAGUUCCCAACUAGAAGACCCAGAUUUAAAGAUAUUCAUACUCGACUAAGGACAUGGGAAAGCCUCUCCAACUAUAACAGCUCUGCUCAAACCUCUGGGGCCAGCAACACCACUCAGACCAGCUCUCUCAGCACAAGUCCGGUCAGCAAUGUCAGCACAGCACGAUACGUCGGGCCAAAGCAGAAAGCCCAAGCAUUUUCACCACCCCAGUUCAUUCCCAUGAAGGGCCAGAUUCGACCAAUGGUCCCACCACCACAGCUCUAUAUUCCAGUUAAUGGCUACCAGCCAAUGCCAGCCUAUGGUGCCUACCUACAGAAUUUCUACCCCAUGCAGAUUCCCAUGCAGAUCCCUCCACAGCAAGUGCACCCUCAGAUGAUCCCAAAAGCUGGGUCUCAUCACAGUGGAAGUGGCUCCACCAGCACAGGUUAUGUCACAACCGCUCCUUCAAAUGCUUCCAUGACCGAACGGGCAGCUUUACUUACAGAAGAUCUAAAAGCCUCUGAAGAAAAGCAAUGUGUGAACUCCGAAACAACCCCUACUUCCAUGCAGGAUGAAGACGUUUCCGUCCCAGAGACAGAGUUAUUGGGAGACAGCGACAUUCCACACCUGGAGGAAGCCGAGACACGUUCAGAAGCAUAACCAGUGGCAGGUUCUCUUCGGCAAGGCUCUCAAGUACUUUAUCUGAAGGGAAUGAUUUUAUUUGAAAAUUCCAAAAGAACUGGGUAGGAACUCCUCUUAAAGCCCAGCUGAAACCCAAAAAGGUGCCCGGGGAGCAUUUGAGUUAUCAGAUUGUUACUGAGUAUUGCAGAGAUGUUCAGCCAGACUCUCUUUACUGUUGCUGUGCAACGUGAGGCAGUAUAUUGGGGGUAUGUCAAAGUUGGCCGUAUCUUGAGGGGGAAGUAUUGGAGCUCCAGAUGAACUGAGCUUCUUACAACACACGUGCCUUAACAGUCCAUAUAUGAACAGACAUUUUUAUAUAACUGAGGAAAGCUGAAGAGAACUCAACGGUACAUUUUUGUCAGAAUUUAUUCUGAACUCUUAUAAGUGUGUCAUGAAAAAUGGGGCCAGUGUUCAAUGAAGAGAAAUGUUUUUGCAUUAAAGAAAAAAUAUUCAACGUCAAACAGCAGGAAUCUAACAAGACCGUGGGUGCUGGAGAUAUCUGAGACAAGGGUACCAGUUAGUGGCAACAAGUCUUUGUAUUACAGUGUUUGUUGUUUUUUUUUUUCUUUCAAAAGAGGCAAUUUGUACAUGUUUUUAAUUUUGCUUCCUUUUUAUUGGAAAACCCUGUACAGACUUGUAAUUUAUGUGUUUUACGGUUUCAAAAUAGCUUUCAUUUUGAAGUUGCUUUUUUAUUAUAAUUUAAAUGUUUUACUUAAUCCACGUGGGUGAAGUUUGUUCAUGGUUAAGUGAUUAUUACUUUUCUGUUACUGUUGGCAAACAAUUUCUUUGAUUUCAAUUAUGAUUUUUGUAAGCCUCACAAAAAAAAAAAAUGGUGUAUUUGUAAGGAGCACACCGCUUAGCCACAUAUGUUGUUUACAUCCACGAGUGGAGUAUCCAAUAAAGAAAAGCGUUAUUAA